AUGACGCAAUCCGAAGAAGCUCCAGGCACCCAGCCGCAAUCGACGCCGCCUCCAUCACCAACGGUGCCGGAAGAACCCUACAGCAUAUUCGACAAGCGACAGAAGGCGUUGAUCGUCCUUAUUGUGUCAACUGCUGCAACCUUCUCCGGUUUUGCCUCCAACAUUUAUUUCCCUGCACUUCCCACUAUCGCCCAUGAUCUGAAUGUCUCGGUAGAGUUGGUUAAUCUCACGGUAACCUCAUACCUGAUAUUCCAAGGUCUAGCGCCCAGCCUCUGGGGUCCAAUAUCCGAUGUCAAAGGCCGCCGCAUUGCCUACUGCUGUACUUUUCUCGUCUUUCUCGGCGCAUGCAUCGGCCUGGCUGAGACGAAGAACUACGCCACUCUGAUUGUGUUGCGAUGCUUGCAAAGCACCGGCAGUGCAAGCACGAUUGCAAUUGGAUCCGGUGUCAUCGGAGACAUUACCACUCGCGCUGAGCGUGGAGGCUUCAUGGGAAUCUUCCAGGCUGGACUGCUUAUGCCUGUGGCUAUCGGUCCGGUCAUUGGAGGCGCCCUCGCCGGGUCACUGGGAUGGAGGGCCAUCUUCUGGUUCUUGACCAUCUACAGCGCCGUCUUUCUGGUGCUAUUGAUCUUGCUUCUCCCAGAAACGUUGAGGUCAAUCGUUGCGAAUGGAGGACGAGUGCCACCAAAUCCGAUCGCCAAAUAUCCUCUGCUUGUCUACCAAAAGACCAGCAAGGUGAAGUGGACUCCUGAAGCGGAAUCUCUACAGCCUGCAGCAAGAAAACACAUCGAUGUUACCGGGCCAUUCCGCAUCCUCAUCAGCAAACAAGCUGCUCCCAUCAUUCUCUUCCUCGCCAUCUACUAUGCCGUCUGGCAGAUGAGCAUCACUGCCAUGUCUUCACUGUUCGAAGAGCACUACGGCCUCGGCGAAACCCAAAUCGGCCUGACCUUCAUCGCCAACGGUGUAGGCUCCAUGGUCGGCACCCUCGUAACCGGCAAAAUCCUCAACACCGACUACCAGCGCGUCAAAGCCCGACACGAGGCUCGACGAACGGCAACAACAACAACUCCUCAAACAGGCGACGCCGAAGCGGGCGACGCGCUCUCCCGUUCCACCACGACCAAACCCGAAGACGACUUCCCGCUCGAGAAGGCGCGCCUCCGGCUCGUGCCCGUCUUCUCCUUCACCCAGUGCGCGUCGAUCCUCCUCUUCGGCUGGACGAUUCAGUACCCCGAUCGCGUGCACAUCGCCGUUCCCAUCGUGUCGACGUUCAUCACGGGCUGGACGGCUGUCUCGACGCAAUCCGUCAUCAUGACCUACCUCGUCGACGUCUUCUCCGACCGCAGCGCCGCCGCCAGUGCGAGCCUCAACCUCGCGAGGUGCUUGUUCGCCGCCGGAGGCACGAGCUUCGUGAUGCCUAUGGUAAAUGGCAUUGGGGUUGGGCUGGCGUUUACGAUCUGCGUGAUUGUCCAGGUGGUCGCCUUGUUGGGCGUGGCUGUGCAGUGGAGGUUCGGCGGUGCGUGGAGGAGGGAAGCGGAGAGGAAGGCGGCCGAGGACAAGAACAGGCAUUUGCAUUAA